AUGUGCUCUGCCACACGACGGCGCAUCGACUUCCUCUGGAGGCUAUGCAUCGGUCCAUACUCCUGCUUACGACGGCAGGAGCUCGAGGCUAGGCGCGGGCGGCGGAGGCUCGCUGGUUGCACAGUCGGUGCCGGUCCCUCCACCCUCCUGGGCGACGGGCGUCAGCACGCCUGGGGCAGGAAGCCCCAUCCAGACGACUGUGAUCCGAUCUGCACCUACCGCAGAG